GCGGCGGCGCGCCGGAUCAAGUCCAAGCAGGGCGGGCACGGAGGGCCUGGCUCGGUGGCGGCGGAGGACCCGCAGGAGUCAUGUGGCCGGUCCUGUGGGCAACAGUGCGGGCCUACGCCCCUUACGUCACCUUCCCUGUGGCUUUUGUGGUCGGGGCGGUGGGCUACCACCUCGAGUGGUUCAUUCGUGGCCAGCCACCCCCUCAGCCACCUGAGGAUGAGAAGAGCAUCUCGGAGAGGCGCGAAGACCGCAAGCUUCAGGAGAGUGCAGGAAAGGACCUCACCCAGGUGGUCAGCCUCAAGGACAAGCUGGAAUUUGCUCCCAAAGCUGUGCUCAACCGGAACCAUCCUGAGAAGAACUAGCAGAGCUGUCCUGUUUGACGGGUGGGGAUUUUGAUUGAUUCUAUGCAGUCUUGAUUGUUGGUUUCCUGGUUUUGUCAUUUUUGAGCCCACCAAACCCAGCCAAUGACUUCUCCGCCGAUCUCACCAGCUUAAUCCUGCUUUUGCUUCCAUUGGAGGAUUGCUAAAGCCACUGAGAUUCAUUGGAGGUGGAGGGCAGACAUUGUGACUCUGCACUACUUGCCUUUGGCAGCAGAAUGACCAAUUCUCCUUGGAGGUUAUCGGUCAAGAGAUGGAACUACCCCUGCAGUCUUUGGCAAGGGUUCAGCCAGGACAAGGCAGGACCCCCUUUCUCUUGCCAUAUGCCGGCAAAGGCAGGAUUUCACUUUAAAAGAGCACCUCUGAAAUAUGGUACCACCACCCCUCAAUUAGGGGAGAUCCCUUGCUUUGGUGGCCUUGGAGGCCACUACCACCUUGCCCCAAUUCUUGGUGUAGGAUGAGUGACCUUAAAGAUUGUUCAAGACUUCUGGGUGCUAGAGGAGCAGAAACUGCCACAUGAGGUGGCAACUGAGCUUCUCCACACUGCUGCUACUUGGGCAAAGAUACAUCUCCUUCCGAGCAAUUUCCAUGUGCAGGAUUUGGGGAGGUGUGUCUGUGUGUGUGUCUGCUGACUUCUUGGACAUGGGCCUGCUGUUGAAACUGAAAAAUAAUAAAAAAAAUAGUUCGAAAAA